AUGGGUCUUUUCUGGUUUGCUGUGAGCCUGUGGAGCUGCUGUGGACCGUCUGUGUCCCUACAUCUGGGAGGAGAGACCUCUGAAGUAUCUCACCCAGGAGAUGUCAUGAUUGGCGGUCUUUUCCCUAUUCACAAACAAGUUUCUUCAAAGGAAAAACAUGGCCCUAUUACAAAUUGUUCUGACGUUGACGUGACCAUGUUAAUCCGUGCCCAAGCCAUGAUAUACGCCAUCGAAAAGAUCAACGAGUUACAAUAUCUGUUGCCAAAUGUGUCCAUUGGCUAUAAAAUAUAUGACACUUGUGGGGAUGUAUCUAUAGCAACUAGAGAAACGCUAAAACUCCUUGAACAGUCCCAUGGAAACCAAAAUAUGUGUCCUCUCUUGGAAGAGACCCCUGGCACGGGUGCAGAAGGGGUCAAGGUAGUGAUUGGAGAGAGAGACUCUGAGACCUCUGUUGCUGUGGCCCGCUUGCUGGCGCUGCCCAAAGUGGCACAGAUUAGCUAUGCUUCGACGAGUGAGCUACUAAGCAGUAAACUGAAGUUCCCAUCCUUUCUCCGCACUGUCCCGAGUGACAAACAACAGACCAAGGCCAUGGCUGAGUUUGUGAGAGAACAAAAGUGGGACAUAGUAGGUGUCAUUGGAAGUGAUGAUGAAUAUGGCAAAUAUGGCUCUGAGACUCUCAUCGAUCUCUUCACUCAAAUCAAAGCCUGCAUCGCAUUCAAGGAGGUUUUACCAGCUGAGUUCACUCAAAAUGAGACGCUCACUAGGAUAGAACUUGACAAGAUCUUCAAGAAGAUACAAACCCAUCCAACUGAAGCUAUUGUGAUUUUCACCAAAACGAGAAAUGUGAAGGCCAUCUUAGAGGAGGCCGUUAAGCGUAGGGUACACAGGACCUGGUUGGCUAGUGAUUCCUGGUCCAUCUCCAUAGAGAUAUCUGGACUCAAUAACAUCACACAGAUUGGGAGAGUCAUUGAAGCAGAAUGUCAGGCCUGCCCCAGUGGCCAGUACGCAUCUCCAAAGAAGGACUGCUGUCUGCCAAAGGAGAUCACCUUCUUCACGUGGGGGGACGGCAUCGUCAUAGCCCUGGUGGUGUUCGACAGCCUGGGCGUCGUGCUCACUGUCCUAGUGGCUGUGCUGUUCACCGUGCAGAGGAGCACCCCCAUCGUGAAGGCGGCCGGCGGCUACCUAUGCUUCCUGGCCCUGCUGUCCCUACUGGUCUGCUUCGCCAGCGUGGCCGUGGGGCUCAGCGAGCCCUCAGACGUGACCUGCAUGAUCGAGGUGCCCCUCUUCCUCCUGGCGUUCACCCUCUGCAUCUCCUGCAUCCUGGCCAACCUGCUCCAGGUCUUCGUGGGCUUCAACUUCCGCCUGACAAUGACCAGCACGCUGAAAAGCCUCAAUAGGCCGGCUGUGGUCAUUUGUGUUUGCUUCGGGGUUCAGGUGUUACUGUGCUCACUGUGGCUCAUCCUUAACCCCCCAAACAAAAUCACAUUGAAUGACCAUGAAACCCAAAUCAUAAUUGCAUGCUUUGAAGGGUCCAUGUUUCUGUCCAUGGCUGUGUUUUUGUAUGUCUGCCUGCUUUCUGUGGUAUGCUUCAUAUUUGCAUACAACGGAAGGCAACUCCCAGACCUGUAUAAGAAUGCUCGAUAUGUUGCUGUUAGCAUGCUGGUCUAUCUUGUGAUGUGCAUCAUUUUUCUGCCAUUCUACAUGACUUCUUUUAGCAAGUACAGGCAAAGCAUUCAGGCUUGUGCACUCAUGGUGACUACAUACAGUGUCUUGAUCUGCCACUUUGGCACAAAAUGCUACAUCAUGCUGUUUAAGAAGGACCUGAACAACGAGAGUGCCAUAGCAGAGUACAUACGUAACCAUUACAACCAAAAGAGCAUAAGGGUUUUAAGCUCCUAA